AUGAAUAGUUUAACAAAGAAGAAGAUGGUGUUCGUGGCAAUGGCCGUUUGCAGGUCAGAGUUUUCGAAAGGGUCAACAAAAUGCAAAGCAAAAGCGGCCACCCAGCUCCAGGCCUGGUGGCGUGGCACCCUGGUGCGCCGGACCCUGUUGCGCUCUGCCCUCAGCGCCUGGAUCAUUCAGUGCUGGUGGCGGCCGACGCUCUGGAGGAUCGCGGAGAAGAGGCGGAGGAAAGUGCUGAUUGACUUCUCAAGCAAAGAGAGAGCGGUGGUCAAGCUCCAGUCUCUGAUUCGGAUGUGGCGGGUCCACUGGCGGUACUGCCAAGUCCUCAAUGCUAUCUACAUCAUCCAGGGCCACUGGCAAUACCACAACUGCCAGUCCUGCUCUUUGCUGCGGGGUCACUGUGUGAUCACGGCCACCCACCUUCAGUUCCACAUUGAGAUCAUUGACCACUGA